AUGUCUUCGUCAACCGAACAGUCAGCGCACCGUGCCUUGCUGAGCCUCGAAAGAAGUACUGCUCCUCCAAGCGAAUUGCUCGAUGAAGCGGCCAGAAUCUUAGGGGUCAAUUUUGAGAACAUAAAAGGUGAAUUGUUUUCGGAACCGGUGGACUGUGCGGCGAGGAAUUCGAUUUUGUUUGCAGCUAGGGAAGAGUGGGCAUUGAGAUGGUUGUUCAAAAAGACUAAACCGGGUGCAAGCACUAAGUCUCUGGAAUCAAAACCAGACUCAUCUGCCAAUAACAACCCUCGCAAAUGGCUGUUGUUCUUUUAUCUUGUGCAGAAGGUUCCCGUGAAAAAAAUCGCGAAAACACUACGGGAUCAGGACGCAGUCCAACAGGUACAGGAUGUCUUAGAGCAUCUAGUCGAUUCGCCAAAGCCAUCUACCCCCACAACUGCCUCUCCACGAGUACAGUCGCCUACUUCUCGCAAGUCAGAUGAUGAUGAUUACGCAUUACCGCAAGCCGGGACCAGGAAACGAAAGCGCCCGCCAGGUCUAGAAGAGUCGGUGGGCGAAGACUCCACUUUACAGAUAGUUCUUUCCGUAUUGCGAGCACUGAAAAUCUGUUUGGACAAUGCCUCAGCUACCGAGGGAGAAGAUGCUGUAGCACAGCAGCACAUGCGAAUAGCUCUCAGUCUUUCACCGGAAAGGGCGGGCAUCAUCCUUGAGUAUAUCCUUCUCCUGGUGCAUGACGUCCUCAGCACCGCGACACCUUCUUUUGACAGCCAUCUGCUUCAUCACUUCUUGGCUGCACUGCGCUUAUGGGACCUUCGACGUGGUCCAGAUCUGGGGCAUACGAACGAGGAAUGCAACCAAAUUUUCACAGCGCGAUGUCUCCUACCGGGCUUGUCUUUGCUCAAAUCUCUGAGGAACAUGGAGGUUAGAGAUCACCACAAGGAUAUAGAGACUUGGUUGGAAGGUCACAUUGUCCAACAUACCGUUGAGCCAACCCGAAAGGUCUUUUUUGAUGAGUUAACAGUCAAUUGGAAGGCUAAUGAGGACCCAAUAUCACCGGAACACAUCCAGCCAGUGAUUGGUCAACUGCAGAACCUUCUGUUCCCGUCUACCAUACUAGAGGCGCAGUCAGAUGCUGCCAAAUGUCAUCCAAUCAGUCUUCCUUCCACUGCUCCAAUCCUCCUCGAACUUGCCGUCAGGUCAUGCCCGAAAAGUACAGUCAGAAAGGCACAGCACGAGCAACCUUGGCUUGAGGCUUUACUCGUCUGUCUGUCAUAUGCAGGUGGGCGUUCAUUGGUCGACAAUGUAAAGGUAGUGCAGACGACAGAGGAAGCUGGUCCGGAACCAUGUUCCCAUACUGAUUUUCACUCCACGCCGAAAUCUCUAGUCUGUCUAAAAGGGCUACUCAGCACAGCUAUUCAAUGGAAAGUGUCGCUAUCAUUGUCACUUCUCGGCGCCUUCGCACAGCAAUUCGCACGCCUUCAAGAACAUGAGUCUGCUGACUGGGCUGUUGUGGAAAAAAUUAUGCAACUUGACGUUAAUGUCUUUUUGCCCAACUCAGGAAUGACCAGUGCCAAAAUGUUACUCGAUUCACUCAUCGAUGCAUUGAAUUUCCAUUCUAGCUAUAGGUAUUAUCCUAGCGAAUCAGCCCUGGACUCUCAUACGUUCGUCAGAAUCGUAAGUCUGUUGAUGGAAGGAUUUGCCUCGGCACGGGAUCUUGGAACAUUCGUGAACAUCUGGAUGGACCGUCUUGCAGAAGCUGAAACUGCUCGGGACGUAAAUCAAAAGAACGGUCAAUCGGUAAAACCAUACAGCUUGUGGGAGGAUGAAGACGUGAUGGCGGAGUUCUCCAAAGUCGCAAAGAGAUAUGUUACACCAACCUUUAUCGAAGCACACCUAGAGGCUACUGUCCAGCCGUUUCGAGAUAAGACUUACGCCGGCAAGCAUUACGGUUUGGUCUUUGUCCUUGACAUUCUUCUUACCACGCAUAAAGAGGAGUUCGAAGCUGCAACGGACACUUUGAAGGUGCUUUGCCUCGAGCUUCGAGAUGCAGUGCAAAGUCUCAAGGGUUUUGGCAGAAUGAUCGGCUUCCUCUGGAGGCUUCUUCGGCACAGUCUUCCCUUUGUUGGGACAGAAUUACCUUUUCUGAAUUUCCUGGAUGUUGUCAUGGACAAGGAACAAUCGAUCGUCAAAACUGCACUACAGAAUGCAGACGAGAAGUCGGUCACUUACCUUACGUCAAUUUCACACUUCAAUGAAGUCGAGAGGUUCCAUUGUUUCAUUGAGGCCGUUGCCCUGCAUCGGUCCCACGUCAGCGCACAGCUGGUUCUAGAGAUUCGCUCGCUGACUUAUCAUGUGGAAAGGCUUGAGCAUGUCGCAAUCACGAACGAAAAUACACCGCUUUUAUGGGAUGGUCGUAUCACAAGUUUGGAAUGCAAGCACGACCUGCUACUGACAGCCUUUCUUUGCAUUCUCAUACAGAGGUCUCGAGUGUUGUGUCUUGACACUGAAACAACAAUCUCUCUUCUGAAGGGUUUGGCUCUGCAUGUGGCCGGCGACGUCAGAGGAGAUCAGAGUCCACAAUCAGGAUUUGCAGUCCUUCUUGAGGGGAUUCUAUUGGAUGAAGCACUUGUCAGCACUCCAGGAUUCGUAAAGAAAUGCAUCAAAACUAUUGGUUUCACGGGUGAUUGUGGUGGCAAUUUCAGGAAGAUGGCGAUCAUCCAAGCAUUGCCGAGAGAAGCUAUGAGUAAGGCACAAAGGAAGCAAAUCGCAGAAUGGCAACGUGAGAUGGGGGCGGCCUCGAAGAAAAAAACUGUUGAUGUUACUGUAUUAGAAAGAGACACUGCCAAAUCCCACAUCUCACCACAAGGCACAAGCAAUGCAGAAACGAGCUAUGGUGACCUGCAACGGUCGUGUCGCAACGCCAUCGAAGAGGCUGCUUCAAAAUGUAGCGAGGACAUCCUUGGUUUGUGUGAGAGUCUCCGCAAGGAGUCUUCCAGCCGAACAAACCUCCUGCUUGUAGGAUCAAUGCUUCACAAAGGAGGCCCCAUCUCUCCUUACACAACAGCACUGGCAGUCGAUCUAUCAACUCUACUCCCGACAACCACCUCCCUGGAGACCUUCUGUCUAACAGCAGACUGCCUCAAGCUCAUCCUAGACAAACACCACCCCGCCGUCAACCAAUGGACGAUCGACAGCCUCCUCGCCCACAUCGCCAUCAUCACCUCUUCUCAAGGCCCCAUCCUCCCCAACACCGCCGCACCCAUCAUCUUCGAACGCCUCUGCCGCCUCCUCGGCGUGGUACUGGGCCGCUACCGUAUCCGUCUAGGAGGACGGUACCACCUCCUCCUCCCAGCUCUGUAUGGCCUGCUCCACUGCCUCUUCGCCGCCGACCCAACCUCUCUCGCCACGCCAUCCCAACUCUGA